AUGGCCUCUCUCUUUAAGGAUCCGAACAAGCUGUCUGCAUAUAGGGAUAGAAGGUUUCCUGGGAAUCAGGAAGAGUUCGACGCGGCUCUGUUAAACUCGACCACUCUUUAUGUGGGGAACAUGUCGUUUUACACUACCGAGGAGCAAGUUUACGAGCUGUUCUCUCGAGCUGGAGAGAUUAAAAAGAUUGUCAUGGGUUUGGAUAAGAACAGCAAAACACCUUGUGGCUUCUGCUUUAUAAUGUACUAUUCACGGGAAGAUACUGAAGAUGCCGUUAAGUAUAUUAGUGGGACUAUUCUUGAUGACCGUCCUAUUCGUGUCGACUUUGAUUGGGGUUUUCAAGAAGGCAGGCAAUGGGGACGUGGUCGAAGUGGUGGACAGGUACGGGAUGAAUAUCGUACAGACUAUGAUCCAGAUAUCCUCCCUAUGUGUAUUAUUUAA